AAACUUUCCGCAACACUAGACUUUCCACACUUUUGCUUCAUUCGAUUAUGAUUCGACGUGAAAGGUACUCAUCACUGGGUUUGGUUUUGGGGAGACGCAUUUGGGUGACUACACCUACUUAUUAGAGGAGAUCUUUACCUUUUGUUCCCACUAUUUUGAAGAUCAUGUUAACACAAAAGUGGGCAGUCUAGGAUUGAAUCUUAAUGUUGAUGAAGAAUCUAUUGGUAAAGAUCUACCUGAAGUUUUCAACUGUAACACUGGUUAUAGUCCAUCAGAAGGUCAAUUUGGUUAUCUUACAGAAAAGGACUACAAUGUUGCCCAUCGCUAUGUCCUUGGUAAUUGUGAGCUGCUGUCUAAUUUUGAAAGUUUGUUUGAAGAGCAUGUGAUGAGAACUUAUGGUUGCUUACAUAUAGAAGAUAUUUGGACCAAUUAUGAUCAACAAUUUUCAGAUUGGUUCAAAGAACAUGUAUUGGAUAUGGGCACAAAUGAUGACAUCAUUUAUUCAUUAACAAUCGGUCCAUCGACAAGGGUACGAAAAUUUGAUAAGUACCACAUUAAUGACUACCAAUUUCACACAUUCAACUAUGGUAAGGAUAAAUCAAUCACAAACUUUGGUGUUUGUGUGAAAAGUGUGGAGGGGAAUGAUUAUUUUGGGACUCUUCAAGAAAUAAUCGAAGUAGUUUACAUUGGUGCUAAAAGGAGCUAUAAAACAGUUUUGUUCAAAUGUGAGUGGAUUGAUCCUAGACAAGGUACUCGAGUGCAUGAAAAAUAUAAAAUUGUAGAGGUCAAUCACCUGAAAAAAUACCCAAAAAAUGAUCCAUUUGUGUUGGCUUAUCAGGUGGAUCAAGUGUAUUUUGCACCAAAUCCAACUAUGAAAAAGAGAGGAAUCCAUGGCUACAUGUCUUUAAUGUCAAACCUAGAGGAAUCAUUGAUGCCCCCAUCAGAUGAGUUGGCAUUUCAAGAGCUGGACAUUCAUAAUACUCCAUCACUUUGUGAAGUUGAGCAAGAUGAGAUUGAUGAGGUUGAUCAGCAAGAAGGAGAAGAAGAGGAAUAUGAUGAAGAAAAAGAAGAAGAAGAAGAAGAAGAAGAAGAAGAAGAAGAGGAGGAAGAAGAGGAAGAAGAAUUUACUGAUGGAGAAGAUGAUGAAGAUGAAGAUGUUGAAAAUUAAACUAA